AUUGUAAUAAUAAUUUUGCCGACACAGGUACUGCAAUUAUUGCUGUUUACUAUUGAUUUUAUGCACACACCUGCAAUAAAAUAAAUCCUAUUCUAAAUUACGUGGGUAUAUAAGUUAAUAAGCUAUAUUUUAGUUGAUUAAAGAAAAAUGAAUGCAGACAGAGGUUCUAAUUGGAACAAUAGUAGAUGGGAUCGCCAACAUGGGCAAAGAAUAGUAGUGGGAAUUCGUCGUGGUGGUUUUCGUGGUUUUCCAGGAUACCAAGGUUUUCCCGGCCGUCACACUAAUAAUUUUAGUGGAAAUAACUACAUCCAACAGUGGCAACAAAGGCCAAAGAGAGAUAGUCUAGGUAAAAGGCUAACAGAGAAGGAGAUCGGUGUGACUGAAUAUGUUAGUGAUCAUGAAGGUUUUAACGGAAUUAUUAAAGCUAGGUAUUCAGACUUCCAAGUAUCAGAAAUAAAUGAAAAUGGUGAAUUAGCCAAGUUAACAUGUAUGGAAGCACCAAAGCCCCCUGUGGAUGACACAGUGGAUGAAGACGAAGACCUGCUGCUUACUAAAUAUAAUGUGGAAAUACUUCCAAUGGAAACUUGGGACAACAUCAAUAAGUUAGUUGUGACAGAACACACAACAGAUAAAGUUGAAGUAGAUGUAACGGGAAUGACAAAGGAAAAUAGAACAAAGAUACACGAUGCAGUGAAGAAAGCGUUCGGACAGAGCAUCGUUGGCAGCACUGUUAGUGUAAAAGAUAAGAAAAUUGUCCGCUUUGAGAAGUACAGGAAAGGAGUACGUAUCGAUAACAGAGUGAAGUGGAUAUGGCCUGCAGAGUACGUGUACUUCAUAGUACACAAAGAAAACUGCGACACAAUGGACGCGGCCAGGCGCAUCGCGGAACGACUGCGGAUCAAUGCCAAAGGAACGAUUAUGGGGUACGCAGGUACAAAAGACCGUCGUGCAAAGACCUCCCAGUGGUUUAGUCUUCGGAAGGUGGACCCUCGUCGAAUUGCCACCGCGUGCCAAGCAUUGCCCGACGUCAUGGUAGGGAACUACAGCUUCGCGUCCACGCCGCUGCAGCUUGGCAAGCUACAGGGGAACAGAUUCCGCAUAGCGCUUCGGAACGUGACGACCGAAGAUGAACAACUAGAGCUAGCCGCUACGUUACUGAAAGAGCGCGGAUUCAUCAACUACUACGGGCUGCAGCGGUUCGGUUCCCGGGCGCAGACUCCCACCUACACCAUCGGGCUGAAGCUCAUCCUGGGGAACUUGCAGGAUGCCGUCAACUGCAUCCUGGAGCCUCGUGGCGGUCCGCUGGAGCAUGCUCUGAGGGCCUACAGGGAUAUUGGGGCUGCAGGUGCGGUCCGGUACUUGCCGCGAGGAGCUGGACAUAUUGAAGCCUCGCUGAUACGAGCCCUGGCUAAAUACCCGAGGGACCUGCUCAGUGGACUCCACUCGUUGUCCCGUAACACGCGUCUGCUGUAUGUACACUCGUACCAGUCCCUGGUAUGGAACCUGGCCGUGUCGGAGCGGCUGCGGCUGUUCGGUCUUCAGCCGGCUGAGGGCGACCUCGUGCCGGUCGACACCACUCACGAUGAUCUUGGUGAAGUGUUAGACGCAGAGGAAGAUCUCGGUAUAGAGUCACAGCCAGAGGACGGCGAUGAAGACGUCAAACCUGAAGACGCAGCAGAAAGUACCACCAGCGAAGAAAAACUCACAGACAACAAAGAUACGGAGAAUCCUAAAAUUGCUGUAAAAGUUCUCACAGAAGAAGAUAUCAAAAGCGGAAAGUACACGAUUUUCGACGUUAUUAUGCCGCUACCAGGGUCUAAUAUCGAGUACCCGCCCAAUAUGAAGGAGUACUACGUUGAAUUGUUGAAGAAGGAUGGUUUAACAACGGAAAUGAAAGCAAAAAUCAAGGUGUUCAGCGUGUCGGGCGCGUACCGCCGCAUACUAGCGAAAGUCGCCGGGUUUGAAUGGAAGACCGUGCGGUAUUCAGACCCCACGGGCGACCUGCUGCUGUCCGACCGGGACCUCCUGCAGGGACGGACCGACACCGCCGACACACCGGAUGGUGAAUACAAGGCCCUUCUUCUCAGUUUCUCACUACCAUCUAGUUGUUACGCUACGAUGGCUCUACGUGAACUCCUCAAAGUGGAUACCGCUUCAGAUAAUCAGGCUCUAAAGAACAAUUACCAUAAGAAGAAUGAAACAGAGAGUGGAAAGGAAACAGUGGAGGUGGAGUCUGGAGAGGGAAGUGCGGAAGCUGGAAGAGAAUCUCCAAGUGCGAGUCUUGAAAAGAGAAAGCUGAGCAGUGUGGAUGAAGGUGAGACUAAGAAAAUUAAAGCAGAGGAAGAUGAUGGUAAUGUUAAGGAUGUUAGUGCGCAGCAAGAAGAUAAAGUUGAUGAAUAAAUACUGCUGUAAUAUAAUGUUAUUUGUUUUAUACUAGUUCUAUCUUGCGGUGUCAACCGUAUAGAAAAAAGUACAGCCUGUGUUACUCGCUAAUAAUAUUUGUAGUCCGUUUUUUAAUUUCGGAGACUAAAUUGACAGGUGUAAAUGUCAAAUUUUAAAACAAUGUUGCCAGCUGUAGCGAGGUUGCUAAUAUUUAUAGUCUGUUUUUUAAUUUCGGAGACUAAAUUGACAGGUCUAAAUGUCAAAUUUUCAAAUAAUGUUACCAGCUGUA